CCCCCGCCCCCUGCCGCUGGUGGGCGAAACCAAGUCUGAGGGGAGGCCAGAGAGACGCGCGCGCAGGAGGCCGCCGCUCUACUCACGGUCACCCCUCUUGCGGCAUCGCGAUAUGGUCUGGCCCGGGAGAGGGCGGGGGGUUCGACUUGAGAGGCCGGCCUUUUAGUUGAAGGCGGGAAAAUGGCGGAUACCUCGGGGCGGGGCGCUGCGAAGCCUCCUGCCGUGGGCCCCAGCACUGCUAGGGGUGCUAGGAGCAAAGGAAGAACACAAGGUGGAAGGAUAGUGGAGUCGCGGUACUUGCAGUAUGAAAAGAAAGCCCCCAGAAAGGCUUCUGCAGCAGAUGCAUUAAAGGCCGGUGGGACGAUGCCUGAAGGUGGAACAAAAUCCAGCCAGCUCCAAAAGAGCAAAGAUGGCAGUGGAGGUGACAAGGGCAACCUGCAGUCGACCUUGCUGGAUGGGCAUGACACUGCCUUGUCUGACCUGGAUCUCUCGGCCAUUCAUGAUAAAAGUGUGGUCCGAAAGACUCCGCAAUUUAAAAAAAAGUCAAAGAAAGCUGAGUUGUCAUCAUCUUCCACCGUGAGUGAAAAGAGCCCAGAUCUAUCACAAGCGAUGGAAAUGAUGGAGUCCCAGACUCUCCUUCUGACCCUGCUGACCGUGAAGAUGGAGAAUGGCCUGUCUGCAUUCGAAGAACAGGCAGAAAAGAACCUAGAAAUAUUGUGUAAAGAGAAAGAGAAACUCCAGAAAAAGGCUUAUGAGUUGAAGCGCAGGCUUCUCCUCUGUCAGAAGAAGAGGGAGCUGGAGGACUUCCUGGAUGCACAGAUUGAGAUGCUGAGCCCCUUGGAGGCUGUGGCCAGCCGCUUUCGGGAAGAGUACAAGACAUUCGCAAUGGCCCUGGACACCACACGGCAUGAGCUGCCCGUGAAAUCAGUCCACCUGGAUGGAGACAGGCAGCUCUUCUUAGACGAGUUGCAGCGGGAAUUGACGACCACACGCCAUCUGCUGGGAGAACUUGGCAUUGGCAGCUCAGAAGACAAUGUGAAGGCAUUUGACAUGAUGAGGGAACUCAGGGAGGUGAUCCAGAAGAAGGACCUGGAGCUCCGAAGGAGCUUCGACCAGGUUCUGGAACUUUCCGCCGAGGCAAGUAAAGAGGCAGCCUUAAUCAACCAGGAGGUCUGGGAAGAGGCCCAGAGCCCCAAGGCCCUCAGCCGGUGGUAUUUUAAUCCCGAGGAGGCCACUGGCGGGGAAACUCAGGAAGAGGUUAGGAGCCCCUUGUGCCACGACGAGCCGUGAGUCACAUGCAGAGUGUGUCCCCACCCCAGGCAAGGACGUCACUGCGCCCCAUGGGGAGGAAGCAUGGCCUGCGUCCCUCGUUAGGGCGGGGAGCCUGCCGUGGCCCGCCCAGGUUCUUGAGACUUGAGCACUUUAUGUACUUAGCCUAGCCAUGUAGUUAUUUUUGUGUGAUAAUCUCAUUUGAUAAUUUAACAAAUAAAACUGUUUUGCAAUGGAA